UUCUCCACAUUUUUGUUGUUUAUCUUCUAAUUAUCUGUACCUGUUCUUCACUCACUUGGACUGCCGGCUUCCCUAGCCUUUGCCCAUACUGCCUCCGCCCCAGGCUGGGCCUGGGUGGGUGGUGUGUGUGUGUGGGGGGGGGGUCAGGAUGCAUUGGCGUGGCCGGGCGGAGUCCUUCCGACUGCUGCUGGUCUGCUGGCUGGUUGUCGGGCCGACACCGGUGCUGGUGCCGGUGCUGGCUCAGCUCCGCCACCCUUUGCCGGUGCUGUGGAUGAUGCCUGGGAACCGGAGCGCCGGCGUGGCCCCGGCUGUCCGGCUCGCUCUGCAGGACCUGAAGAGACAAGCGGCGCCUCUGGGGGACUAUGAGAUCCAGCUCCAGUUGCUGGACUCGCAGUGCGACCCUGCCGAGUCCCUCAGAGCGCUGUUCGACGCCAUGUGGGCGGGACCAAAGUAUCUGAUGCUGUUUGGAGGCGUGUGUCCGUCUGUGACGGCGCUCAUUGCUCGCUCUCUGCCGGCUCUCAACCUGCUGCAGGUAUCUUUUGCGGCCUCGUCCCCGAGCCUGUCCAACAGGAAGUGGUACGGGAACCUGUUCAGCACGCUGCCAUCGGACCGAGCCCUGAACCAGGCCGCGGUGAAGCUGCUGCAGCGCUACAAGUGGACCAGAGUCGGUGUCGUUACGCAGGACGGACACCGCCUCUCAGAGAUGAAGAGGGAUCUGCUGAGACAGCUGCUGAAGGCGGACAUUGACGUCGUGUCCACACAGAGUCUCUCUGGAGACGUCUGCAGCAGCCUGAGGAGGCUGAAGGAAAGUGACGUUCGGAUCAUCCUGGUGCAGUUUGACGAGGAUUCUGCCUCUGAGGUUUUCUGCUGUGCCUACAGACUGAACAUGUUUGGAGCGUGGUACCAGUGGAUGGUUGUGGACGGAGGAGCAUCUGGAUGGAGUCUGGGGCGGCAGGUUCCCGGCUGCACGGCCGACAGUCUGCAGACGGCGGCAGGCGGAUCCAUCCGGCUACAGACCAGACGGCUCAGCAACACCAACACACCGGGAGUCUCCGGACGGACUCCCCAGGACUAUGAGGACUCGUACCUCCGCCAGUUGACCCAGGACGGGUCAAAGUUCAGCAGCUCCCUCCAUAGCUUCGCCUACGACGCCAUCUGGGUCGCCGCGAGAGCUCUGAGUCAAGCGCUGGAGGCGGUGAAGCACAUAGAGAAGUACGGCAGCCAGAGAAACGGCAGCAUUGGGGAGGAGGAAGUUCACAAGAUGCUGCUGGACGCCGUGAAGCAGACGCAGUUCCAAGGAGUCACAGGUCCAGUUUUCUUUCGAAACGGGGAGAGGAUGACGUCCAUCGAGCUGAUCCAGUUCCAAGGCAGCAGUGGUGUGUUGGUGGGAGACUUCAGUACCUCCACCCAGCAGCUCCGUGUGAUGAACCAGCUGCUGAAGUUUAAAGGUCCUGGACCAGCCAGGGACCGCGCCGUGGUGCUCCCCCAGCGGCAGCGUGUCGACCUCCUCCUGCACGCGGCCGUGUCCUACGCUGCAGCUGUGACCAUCUUCAUCACUCUGACCGUCCUCUUCUUCAUCGCCGUCUACCGGAAACACUGGCUGCUGAGGGCGAGCGGUGCAUCCUGGGACGUCCUGCUGCUGCUGGGCGUCCUGCUGUCCUCCUCCUCGGUCCUGAUUGCCGGUCUGGACGGAGCCUCGCAGUCCGACCGCACGUUUGAAGUCCUCUGCUCAAUUCGUCUGUGGACUCUCUCUGUGGGACACACUGUGGGCUUCGCUGUGCUCUUCACCAAAACAUGGAGGCUUUAUUCACUCCGCAGACUCAAACAGACUCAGAAGCAGAGAGAUGGCUGUGUGGUGCUCUGGAUCUUCCUGUUGGAUGUGUUUGUUUUGACCACUUGGCAGAUCCUGGACCCUCUCAGACGGGUGGUGCUGCAGCACGGCUUACAGAGCGAGUCAGCUGAUCAGGACGUCGUCAUCCGGCCGUACUCUGAGCUCUGCAGCUGCACCAACAUGGAGCUGUGGCUCACCGCCGUCUACGGAUACAGAGCUGCUCUACUGGGUCUGGGGUGUUUCGUGGCGUGGAGCGUCCGGACUGGGCCGGCGGAUCAUUCUGCCGUCAGCGGUAAACACCUGGCGCUGACUGUGUUCACUGUGACGGCGUUCAGUGUGUCGGGAGCAGUGGCGUCGCUGCUGACGUCCCACAAUCCUCCUCUUCAGUUCUGUCUGACCAGCGUCCUCAUCCUCUGCUGUGACGUCUUCACCCUGGGCAGCCUGUUCGGACCAAAGCUCUUGUAUGUGUGUGCGAAUGGCAAUGAGCUGCAGGAUGAAGUUGCAGACAGAGAAGAGGAAGCGCGGGAGCGGCUGAGACGGUUAAACCAGCAGCUGAAGAGUCGAAAUGCUCAGCUGGAUGUAGAAAUAGAAACCAUCACCAUGCAGCUCCGUGACGCGUCUGAUCCAGCUGUUCACACGACGAGAGGAAGUAACAACGCAGGUGGAGUCAGAUCUGUGACGUGGACUCAUGCAGCUCAGGUCUGUUCUGACAGAAACUCAGAGACCCAACCUUCAAGACCAGACAGCAUCAACUCUCCUGAACGCGUUCGGCGCCGUGUGUCCGUGCAGCUGCCGAUCCUCCAUCAUUCCUACCUGCCGGCCGUCGGCGGCAUCAGCGCCAGCAGCUCCAGUCUGUUCAGCAGCCGGGACGCCUUCGCUCACAGCGAUGACAACUUCCUGUUAACCUGACCCACGUUGCUGCUGAACCAAUCAGACGGCAGCGGUGACCUUCACCUGGGACUGUUCUGAGCCAGAGGAUUCUGGUCCUGGUCCCACAAAUAUUAUUAGAUAUGAAAAGAAGACCGACUUUAUAGGGUAACUUUGCGGGGUUUUUUUCAACCUGGACUCCUCAUUUUUCAUGUGUUUGUGUCUAAGUGACAUGUUGUUGAUAGGAACAACAAUCUUUGAAACUGGUCCAGUAUUGAGCGUGAACGCUGUAACCGAACCGGGCUAUAAUGUAACCCUAACGGACAAAUGUUCAGCAUCAGUCAGCAUCCACUAAAAGUUCUGUUGUUGCCGCUGACAGGCUCAGAUUAUUAUUCUAAGUGUCUGACAACAUUAUGAAAGGAUCCUACAGAGAUAGACCUUUUAGUUAAAGAGUAAGAUCCUAUGUCAACAUUUUUAGAAAAGGCCGUAGCAGAGGUCAUGAGAAGCAUGACAUUUUUGACAAAUUUCAGUCAGGUUGGGCGCCUGGUUAGCUCA